AUGGAGCAGGUCCAAGCUGCAAGGCUGUGUGGGUCAGGAGCUGUCUCUGCAGCCUCCUCCAGAGCGAUUCUGCUAACACUCUACAGCGUGGUUUUGCUUGGAGGCACUACUGGAACAAUUAUGAUGUUGCGUAUCAUGUUCAAAAGGAAUAGUCACUCGAUGAUGUCCACGAUCAUCCUCAACGUCAUUGUGCUGCACUCCGUCCUCCUGGUCAGCCUUCCCUUCCGCCUCAGCUACUACGGCUUAGUUGUCUGGGAGUUUGGAUCCUUUACCUGCAGAGUGGUUAGCAGCAUCAUAUACGGCCAUAUGUACUUUACCUUUGUUUUCUACGUGGCCAUUGUUGUACUCCACUUACUCAUCUAUUUUAAGAAACUCCAAAUACAUCAGUUACAAAAGUACCAUGCGGUGGUUUUGAGCAUUACUAUUUGGGUGGUGGGUAGCCUCAUUUAUUUGCCAAUAUUAUUUUUACAAUAUGGCAUAGAUCCAAGUUACUCAGAACAACAACGAUGCUUUGAGUUCUACAAAGAUCUCAGCCAGAGGGGAUUCGUCAUUAUGAAUUACUCUAUCAUUGUCAUUAUGAUGACGACAGUUGUGACCCUCUAUUCAGAGAGAGAAAAUUCUGAGUUAGUUCUUUAUAAUGAAGUUUGUGUUGCUCUAACUACUGUCUGUUGCCUGGAUAUGCUGUGUUUUGCCGGUGGAAUUAUCCAUUAG